AUGUGGUUCUCGGUCUUGGCUCUGUUCUAUGUGUCCGGUGCGAUAGAUGCUCAUGUGGAUUUGAGAUAUUACACCCAAUGUUUCAAACGUGAGCUUCGAGUUGGUGACCAAAUAACGGCCAAGGGUUACAUUAUCCCGGGCGCCAUGAGAUGGACCUGCGCUGUCCAGAUGAGCGACGGUAAAAAUCUACAACUGCACCUUGACCACCGUAUCAAACCUCAAAAAGGGGAAGGGAGCAGGGGGACCCAUAUCAACUCGAGGCCCGGAACCUCGGGCUGGAACAAAGAGCUCUACCACGCCCAAAUGCCCUAUUCGGAGGGGGAGAAGUUUGAGAUUCAACUACGAUUCACUGGCGAACGUGCCAUCAACAUCAAUUUCAUUAAUGGGGCGUGGAGCGGGACGACGUUUUCUCGGCCGAAUGUACCUCUGAGCGUGGCUCGACAGAUUACGUGCUAUGGCGACGUGAAGGACGUAACUUUCCAAGCUGACGUGAUGCGGGACAAGGUAUCCGAGGAAAAGACCCGGGACUGCUUGACCCUGCCGGAUUCGUCGCAGCCUCUUCCGCCGCCUCCACCCGAGAAGCCCCAUCACCAUCACCAUCACCCUCAUCCUCCAAAAGGCAAAGGCCCUCAUCGGCAUCAUCACAAGAACAAUGGAAAAGGCGGAAGCAGCAGCAGCGGGACUGGUAGCGACAGUCAUCAACAGGGUGGAAGUGAUGAGGAUGGUUUUGAUGGCUUCAAUGUGGUCGUUGAGAGUUCUGAGGGUGACUGGCCGAGC